AUGUCCCGCUUCAACCCCCAGGCCGAACUCUGGCGGCUCCACCCUGUCAUUACCAAGGCGAACAACAUUCGGAGCAUGUUCCCUGGCUUUGGCAUUGCCCUCGGUGCCUUUGGUGUCUACUGCCUCGGUGACUUUGUCGUCUCCUCCAUGACCUCCUCCUCCUCGGGCCACGGCUCUGACUCUGCCCACGGCGGCCACUAG